GAGCUUCAACUUUCCCCUCAUUCCAUUUGUAUAUCUUGUUCAUCCCCAACAUCCAAAAUAUUUCAUCCUCUCCUCACAAUUAACAAUGGCGACAGCAACCAAACCACCCGUUCCACCUUUCACCGAGGAAACCGCUCGUAUCAAGGUCAAAGCUGCACAAGAUGUUUGGAACACAAAAAAUCCCCAAGUAGUAAAGAAUGCAUAUACCGAAGAUUCCAUCUGGAGAAACCGCGAUACAUUUAUUCGCGGCCAAGAUGAGAUUGUCGAAUUCUUGAGCAAGAAGUGGGCAAAGGAAAAUGGAUACAGGUUGCGGAAAGAACUAUUUGCAUUUACGGAGAACAAGAUUGCAGUACAGUUCUGGUAUGAGUUUCAUGAUGAGGAAGGUCAGUGGUGGCGAUGCUAUGGACUUGAAGAUUGGACGUUUGCGGAAGAUGGAAGGAUGAGGAAGAGACAGAUGAGUGGGAAUGAUGUUAAGAUUGGAGAUGAGGAGAGGUGGUUUAAAGAGGGGGUGGAUGUGAAUGAAGUUGAGAUUUCGGAAAAGCAUUGGUGAAGUGAAGUGAUGGUGUGUAGGUUGUGGAUGUGGUUGUGGCUGCUAUUGAUUACUUGAGAUUUUGACCAAGUAUGAAUAAAGAGGGGUUACAAAACUUGAUAUCUCUUCUGUUUGCGCGGUGCUCCAAGCACAAGGCUGAGUCAUAAUUGACAUUCAGUGCAUGAUUGUGUGUGUUUUUUUCCUCCACCGUUUUCAUGAAUACUCGUCGUUAAUAUGUGAUAGUCAUAUCAAUUCAUAUCAAUUACA